GGAAAUCUUUAGCACAAGCCACUGCUCAACUAAAAUCGUCUUUGCUCUUUUCUUCUCUUCUUACUCUUCUUUUCCUAGUCUGCAGUAGUCUUUUUACAAACAAUCUUGAAUCCAUUUUAAUUUGCUUUAAACUUUGCAUAGUAGUUAUGGCGUCAAGCUCUCUAGAGUCCAGAGAUUCAGGUUCAUGGACAGCAAAGCAGAACAAACUGUUCGAAAAGGCUUUGGCCCAGUACGAUAAAGACACCCCAGAUCGUUGGCACAAUGUUGCUAAGGCUGUCGGCGGAAAAACUGCUGAAGCAGUGAAGAGACACUAUGAAAUCCUUAUUGAAGACCUUAAGCACAUCGAGUCCGGUCGCGUUCCUAUUCCUAACUACAGGUCCACUGGCAAUGCAGAUGAAGAAGAAAGGCUUAUAAGGUACCUUAAGCUGCAGUGAAGUCCCAAGCUUGGCCUACCUUUAUACCAUAUCCUAACGCCAGAUUACUGCGUAGACAUGCGAAUCAACAUGUGAAAAACCGCUGUCCCUCCUCUCUUACCCAAAGCCCCUUUCCCUUUUGUACCUCUUGCGGUUGGGCUAAUUUACUUCAUGAAUUGUAAUGAAAACUAUCUAUUUUCAGUAGCUUUUAUAAUUUCUUAAUUGCCCAUGUACCCACCGUGUCUUAAUGAGUAUCAUAAAAUAUGAUUCCUUCAAGAAAAAAAAUGGAAUAUGCUUACUAAAUAUGUGAGACACCGGAGAGAUGUA